AUGGCAACCACACUUUCGGAAAAUGCAAAUGAAUCCAGUAGUAGUGGUCGUUUAAACAGUGGACAAGCCAUUGAUCAAAUAGAAGAAGAACUUAAACUUGUGAGGGAAAAGGUUUCCGAUGAUGAUUUAGAUUUAGAUAUUGUAGAGAUAGAUUUACCACCUAUUAAAGCUAAAAAACGUGAGAAAGCUCUUGAAGCUAUUCACAAUAUUUUCAAAGCUGAAAGGAUUGAUGAUAAGCUGUUCAUCAAGUUUAAUGGUGUAAUGAAAGAAGAAAUACAUCUUGCAUUGAAUGAUUCGCUUCGUCAACAACUUUCAAGUUGGUUGGUGUUGAACGAUGUGGUAUCGGUAGUUAAUCAUAAUGAAUUUAGACCUGACGUAGGAGGAUGGAGCACACGACCAACGCGUCAGCAAAGGAUUGCACCUAUUAUUAAUUCGUCUCCGCCUCCUUUAUUAUGGAUCGAGGCUAAAGAUCGUGAUAACGCAUUAAAUAAGAUUUCAUAUGUUCAACCAUAUUGUCAAAAUACCGAAUUUGUAUUAAUUUCUAUUCCUUUUGGAACAUCACCCUUUCGAACAAAUCCAAAUCCUAACGCUGAUUCAGUUGUAGCUACAGCACCAAGAACAAGUCGUCCCUCAAGAGCGCCAUAUCUUGGUCACUGGACUGUAGGCACGGCUUUUAAUGCAGUGCAAUGGUACAAAAUGCAAUGGAACGAACAUAUUAUUCUUG